ACUGAACUGCGGGAACAUUUGGCGUGGGCUUGCUGUUAGCGUUGCACAUUGCGAUGGAGAGCAAAUUCAAGUUAGCUUUUCUGUUCUUGGGGCUGCAAGCGUUUCUUGCAGGAACGGUGGAGUCUUCCCACUUCAGGGGCGUGUCUCUCUCCUGGAGGGCGACUGAUGAUCCCAAUGAGGUUGAUAUCGACUGGAGGUUUUGGUUCCGUCGAUCGGGUUCCUAUCGAUACUGCGACCAGACGCACAUCGCCAACGCUACUCAGAUAGACACGGGGGAGUACCUCAAGUGCGACCAGUGCAGCUAUCCACAGAUAACGCGCAUCACGUACGAAUGUACGGACUACAGUCUGGCCGAAGAUUGGCAAACGGGCGUGGGAAACACCAGGUUUACCAUCGACCCGGGGUUAACAACAUUCGACAUAAGAUAUACUGAAUGCUGUUGGAUUCCUCUCGGCAAUUCCCCAUCGUCCUACAGCGCUCAGGCACACGUUGAUUUGAAUCCACGUAACGGCGUUAUCAACUCGUCCCCUAUCACGUCAUGGAUGCCUGUCACCCGCAUACAACGAGGAUGCCAGGCGACACUCAACAUACCAAAAACCGAUCCAGACGGAGAUGAAGUCAAAUGUCGUUGGGCAUCGAGCAGCGCUGAAGGAGGAAAUGUGACGCCAGUUCAGAAUGCUACCCUGGAUCAAAACACAUGUGUUGUGACCAUCGACGCAGCAUCACUAUCAGGAUGGUAUGCAGUUGCUCUCAUUGUUGAAGAUUUUGCGACGCCAAGCUCUGUCACAGCGAUGAGCAAGGUCCCGCUGCAGUUUCUGGUCAACGUGUACCUAAGCUACGACCCUUGCGAUGACAAACCGGUGCUGAUAGAUCCUUCGCCGGCUCAGGGGAACUGUUACGGACUUGCACCGGGGAAGACGUUCAGUGCACAGAUCCGCGCAAGGGCUGCCUAUUCGCAAAUAACGGAAAUGGAAACAACCUCCCCCGUCGGCAUGACAACAACAGCCGUUUCACUGGUGCCCGGUAAGAUGGAUGAGUACUACAUCGUGGCCACGUGGACACCAACUGACAACCAAAUGGAAACUCACAUCUUUUGUUUCAACGCGUUGGACUCAGAUGGGUAUACAAGUGAAGUGCGGUGUGUGUAUCUGACUGUUAAAGCCCCUCUCUCUGUGAUCCAGAGUUGGCCAGCUGAUGGCUCAGUAGUUCCUUCGAAUUUGGGAGUGUGGACCUUCAAGUUUAACCAGAGUGUUACCAUAGAGACGGCAACCACAAACAUGCUGUUUAGGAAUCAGUACAAUAAUAUGUAUAUGUUCAGCGGCAGUGUCACGCAAGGCGCGCCAGACACCAUUCAAGUCAGUCUUCAAGGAUGGCUUAGUGCCAACUAUUGGUAUUCUGUAUCACUGAGCGAGGGUGUCGUCAAGAGUGGCGAUUCGUGCCCCGUGUCGUCGGAGGGAUAUGACAUGAGGGUAUACACAACAUAUGCAUGGUGGACCACCAGUGCCACAGAGGGAUUCGGCACAGAGGUAGCCACAACACCAAUGGAGGGCAUGAUCAUGACCACAGAGGUCAGAGAAGAAAUGGUUCCAAGAUUUCCAACAACACCUGGAGAUUGGAUUACAAUGCCAGCAGAAAAUGAGGAAACUACAGCGGUGAUUGAAGCGGCCACUAUCCAACUGACCCCACCCCAUCAUGGGAACACCCAACCACCCCCCUCGCCCACAAUGGACUGCUCCGACUCUGGCAUGACGGUCUUCAUUCCGCGCUCUGUGAUUGGUGACGCCUUGGCAUCUCAUUUGCAUUUCCUGGACCCGGCGUGCGUGGGAAGUCACCACAACGCCUCCCAUGUCAAAAUCGCGACGACCUACAACCGAUGCGGUACCUUUAUGGAGGUUCGUGGAGAGAACGUGAUCUUCUUCAACGUUGUCCAAGACGAGGCUGUUCCAAUUACACCAGGCGAAGUUAUAACCCGAGACCUAGACAUUGAGAUUCCCGUCCAGUGCAUCAUGGACUUGGAAGGGAUCGGUGAAAUCAGUUUCCGUCCUGACACCUCUAAGAUCACGUUCGGCGAAGACGGAUUUGGCUCCUUCAACUUCUCUCUCCGCCUUUACCCCACCAACGAUUACGCCACGCCCUACCAGCCGGCCGACUAUCCCAUUGACGUCACCAUGGGUGAGAAGUUGUACUUCGAGGCUCGUACGUGGAGUGAGCCUAAUCUGGAGCUGUUUGUGCAGACGUGUCGCGCCACGCCAACCUCCAACCCAGACGACUUCCACCGUUACACUUUCAUCCAAGAUGGUUGCAUUGAAGAUAACACAGUGGUGUUCCGUCCUUCUUACGACCCAGAUGUGGAGCGCUUUGAGAUCGACGUCUUCGCAUUCAUAGAUACCCUGCCCCAGCCGCUGGUUUAUGUUCAUUGCGACAUGAUACUGUGCAACUCCAGUGAUGCGUCUUCCCGGUGCGCCCUCGGCUGUCCGACCGGUAACAUCAAUUCUCUGCUCAGUAUGCGCAGACGCCACGCCAGAUCCGCGUCUGGUUCCCGUGCUUAUGCCAUUACCCAGGGACCCAUAUCAGUGGUGAAGCAGGAAGGAGGGAAAGAAACCAAGUCAGAGAUGUCGUCUGUUCAGCUGCCAGUGCUUCUGACUACUGUCUGCCUAUUGGUUGGCUGUGUGCUGGUACUCGGCACACUGGUUGUCGUCAUGCGUAGACGCAAGCAACGCGUUUACGCCUAUCAACCACUGAUGGUUAACGAAGAGGAUUAACUUGUGAAACAAAACGGCUUUCAAAAGGUUACCUUAAAAUCAAGGUAAUUUGACCAACUUACGACCACAAAAAACUUACUCAGAAUUUGACCACGAUUUUGAAAUGUUAAUAGAUUAGACAAUAUUAUACAAAUAACGAAUGUUUAUGAGUGUAAUGGUGAGAAUCAUUUCGUGAGGUGUCGGACGGAAUGUUCAUCGAAUAUUCCAUUUUUCAUUGAACUAGAUUAUUCUUUCCAUUGCACGAAUGUGAAACAUUCAUUAAUUGUUUUAAACAACACCUGAUUAAAUCUUUGUCAUCCGAUUAGUCAGAGCCACCAAUAGUGUGACAGAGCCACCAAUAGGACGAAUAAGUCAAUGUCAUGUGAUUGAUUUCCAUCCAAAUCAGAUGACAGGAUUUAUUCAAGCGUUGCAUAAAAAUGCAUGCAAGCUUCCAAAGUAAAAGUAGCAAGGACGUUUAGCAAAAAUUUAGGAUCAUAUUGGUUAAUGCAGAAAUCACUUUUCACUUUCCUGAGCAUUAUCAAAUCAAAAAACGUGAUUUAAAAUUUAAUUUUAUAAAAAAAACUCCUUAUUCAAUUGUGUCAUGGAUAAAGUGAGAAUACAUGUAUGGAAAUAAAUUAAAAUAGAAUGAAAUAUUACCAAACCAUAACAAAACAAGACAACAUGAAAAGCGCCAAAUAUUGCACAGUUUUCCGAGUGCCUAUUCUCAUAAGGUCAAGUAAAAAAAAAAGUUUCUCGCCCCCAGCGCUUCCAUUUUUAGCGCCUGCCUCCAUUUUUUUUUUAGUCUUUUUCUUUUUAUCAAACAUUUGCAAUCUCCAAUUUGAAAUUUUGCAUGGCAUUACUGGGUUUUUAAAAUAUUGUUUCCAGCAAAAUUGUAGCUUUGUACGCAAGUUCAAAAGGGCGACAGGCUCCUUUUGAUAAAAAAGUAUGGGAAGAUUUCCAAAUACGAAGUUCACUCAACACCCUGUGUACAAA